UAUUCAUCAUCUCUACAUUUAAAGGAUGCUUAGCUGCCCUCACUUCAAUACCAACUCAACUCACAACUCCCAAUACCCAUCCAUACAUCCAUCUUCUAAGCACAAAACAAAAUGGCCACAAACAGAACUAAUAUCCCUCCAUUAAAUCUCUCCAACAAAGAUGUUGCAGAUACUCAAGAAGAAGAUGAAGACUACUUUGACAUUGACAUGGAAUUGAUGAACUCCUCAUCUUCUUCUACAACUCCAUCUUCUUCAACUUCAUCAUCACCCCCAGAGAUGAUAGAAUUUGAGUUCCAAAUGAGUUCCACUACUUGUAAAGAGAAGGAGCCCUCUACUUGCCCAGCAGAUGACCUCUUCUACAGAGGCAACCUCCUCCCUCUGCACCUCCCUCCAAGGCUCCAAAUGGUCCAAAACCUCCUCCAAACCACCACUCAAGAAGACCCCAAAUGGUCAAAAAGCUCAACAGCCCCUUCUACAAAUACCACUACCACUCCAUUACAUUCCUGCAACAUUUCUCCAUCUGAAUCUUGCAGGGUGAGCUGUGAGCUCAACCCACAAGACUUCCCCCACUUUGAAUGGUCCUCUGAUUUGUCCACUUUCAUUAUUAGCCACCCAAAGAAAUCAUGGUCAAAGAAGCUCAAACUGGUCAAGAAGUCUCUCAUUACUAGCCAGAAGAUUAGGGAUUAUAUUAAGGGCUUGUUCAUCAAGUCUGCAAGUGAGUCUUUUCCCAAUAAUCAAGAACCCCCAUUGCCACAUCAUCCAACUAUAGCUACUGUUCUCAAGAAUGGUGAGAAGGAUGAGAUUGAAGAAAAUGUGAUGACCAAUCACAGGAGGUCAUUCUCAGCAGCAAUCAAAAGAACUUCUAAGAAGUCCCUCUCCUCCUCUUCUUCUUUUUCUUCAUCAUCUUGUGCUUCUUCAUCUUCUUCUUCAUCUUCAUCAAGUGCAUUCACAUCAAAUGGAGGUCAUGAGCUCAAGAGAAUCAGCAGUGACACUUCAGAGCUUGAGAUCUCCAUUGAAGCGGCAAUUGCUCAUUGCAGGAAGUCUCAAGAACCCUGCAAGUCGUCAAAGCCAUUACUGCUGAGAGAAAAUAAAUCUGGGACUUCAAGUAUUUUAGCUUGUAGCACUUAAUUGUUGUGCUUUCCACUUUUUUUCCAUGUGGCGGAGACUCAGAGAAGGAAAUCUUGUUCUUAAAUAAAUUUGAAUGUUUACUCUUUCUUUAGAGCUUUUAUGUAUUUUUUAUUAUUUUUAAAUUUUAAUAGAAGUAGUCAACCGAGUGACUAACAAGCUCGUUUCACAUAUAUUGACUGAAAUUGAACACAUCCGUGAAAUAUAAACGUUUACAUA